AUGGCGAUAUCCACUCUAAAACACCCACCUAAUAAUAUUUUGAAAGAACUGGAUGGACAUUCGAGGAAUGUAGAUGAUCACUUUGGUUUUGUUUUCGUCUGCCGCAACAUCACUUGUUUUUGGAAUGACUCUUCACUGGAUGAGAAACUAAUCAAGACUUUGGAUGUGACUGUUUCAAGUGGAAGUAAAUUGUUUUGGAUCUAUGCUAAAGCGUAUGACUUCGUGACUUCCUUGUCCGAGAUGUGUGAGAAAUUAUUGGAGAAUAAUGUAGCUGGGUUUUGUUAA